AUGUGUGCAACACUUCCCUAUACCAUCCUUCAGGAUGACGAUGCCCUGGACCUGCUGCUGACCGGGGGCCUUGACUGGUCCAACUGUGCCGUGUGGACCCUGAGCCCCGACCAGGGCCACAGCCGGCAGCCCACGCCGCCCUACACCGUGGGCAGCACAGCCCUUGCAGCCGCCGCGAAGCUGGAGGCCGUGGUCCUCACCAACGACUACGCCACCAGCGGGCCUCGGUACGCUGACUGGGACGCACUGCACUGCGGGCUGGGGGCGGCCUCCAUGGCGGCCGCGCCGCUGCACGCUGAGCUCGCUGAGCAUGCCGAGCACGCUGCGCCCUGCCUUGGCGUGCUGGGCCUGGCCUCCUGCGAUAGGCACGCCUUUGCCGACCGCGGCCUCCUGGCCGCCCUCUCCUCCCUGCUCUUGCCCCUGAUCGCGCGGCGGGCAGCCCUCUCGCGGGGCAGGGACGUGGAGACCUUCCUCGAGCAUGCGAUGCCAUUGCUCUUGGAGCAGCGUGUACGCCUGCGUGUCAACGGCUCCCGCACCCCCGAUGGGGGGCAACCUCCGGAAGGACCCAGGGAGGGCUCGGUCGUCGGCUGCCCGCACCAUGCCAGCAACAAGGCACCCCUGGAUGGCACGCCACCCGGUGGCGCCAGCAGCGGCCUGCUGCUGAACCUGGUGUCCAUGUGCGCAGUGUACGCCCACUUCUCCCACCUCUCGGCAGCGGGGGAGACCAACGCGGCCGUGCUGGUCUCCGCCUGCGUCGUCGCCUCCCACGUCGCCCUGCUCAUCCUCCAGUGGAUCUGGCUGGGCUGGCUGCCGCCGCAGCGCACCAGCGCGGGCGCAAAGGCCUACGCCACUCUGCGCGCGCUGGCGCUGCCCCUGGCCAACACCUGGGUGGGCUGGUCCCUGCUGGACCGGCUGGGGUACGUGCCCAGCCUACCUGCCGUGCUUUCCACGGCCGGCGCGGUGGGGCUGUGCCUGGCGGCAGGGCGCCAGGCCCGCUCCCUGCUCCAGGGCCCGCUCCAGCUGGCCAGCAUGGCGCUGGCGGCCACCUCCACCACUGGUCUCUGCUCCGCGGCCUUUGGCAGCACGCGGGGCUGGGCCUGCAUGGGCCUCAUAUCGGGGCUGCAGCUGGGCAUGGGCGUCCUCCUCCCCGCUCUCAUGCUGCACGCGCCUCGCUCAGACGCCACGGCAUUCCCCUGA